GGUUCGUAUGGACAGAGCUGUGAAUCAUAUAAAUCGUGUAAUGAAUGCCCUGCUAAGGAUGUUUCCAAAUAAACAUUCCCUGCUCUUGUUUUGUUCGAUUGUGUUUGCGUUAAGUGAAUCCUCAAAAGUGGAAAACACUUCGUGGAAGGAUUUUUUGUUUGGCACCAAGUGGAAAUCUUCGUUAAGCGCUUCGUCAAGAGAUUCAAGGUUUUUACCAAUAUUCAGUGUUGUACCCAUAGGACCCGCCCUAUGUAUGGCACCAUCCGGAGAAAUUGGAAAUUGUUUGCCAAAUAAAGAUUGCAUAUUGAGGGCCGGAAUACCGGCUGGCCCAUGUGGUGGUGGCUAUGGACUUUGUUGUGUUUUUUUGCAGACAUGUGGCGGUGUUAUUAGAGAAAAUUCAACAUAUUUUGUUAAUCCCAAUCAUCCGGAUACGUACGACGGCACGGGCAGUUGUCAAGUGACGGUACAAAAAAUGCAUCCAGAUAUAUGUCAGCUAAGAUUAGAUUUAGAUAUGUUUUCUAUAGCUCCACCCGAGUCGGUGAAUCAUUUGUGUACUCAAGACCAAUUGUUAGUAUCCGGCAGCAGUCCAGUUCCUACGAUAUGCGGUAUUUCGUCUGGAGAUCACAUGUACAUAGAUGCUGGCCUUGGGCAGAGUAAUCCAAUUGUUAUAUCGGUCAUCACAAGUGGUACAUUUCCACGAAUCUGGCGAAUACGAGUAACACAGAUACAUUGCGGAAGCAUUGCUCGCGCUGAACAGGGUUGCUUGCAGUAUUAUACCGGAAUUAGUGGUCGGGUGCGUAGCUUCAACUUUAACACUGUAUCUGGUAGACAAUUAUCCAAUCAGGAUUACAGUAUUUGUAUACGAACCGAGAGAAACUUUUGUGGCAUACAAUAUAAUGCAUGUCCAGAUUUGGAAAAUAACCGUUCAAGAUCUUUCACAUUGUCAGGCAACUCGAAUAAUCCAACCGGAACCAUGGUUGGCGGUGGAACGCAGGUUACUCAAAAUGCCUGCAUUCAAGAUUGGUUGUUGAUUGGUUGCAUGCGUUCCGCUGAUCGUAUUCCACCGCAAAGUGCCUGUGAAGAUCGUGUUUGCGGUGGUACAUUUAGUGCUGAAGUUGGCAUGGUGCAGAAAACGGUUCAAUCAAGCGUAAGACCUUUCCGUUUAUAUUUCCACACUGAUGGUAUCGAGGCGCCUACGGAUAUAGAUAAUCGAGGCUUCUGCCUAGAUUAUGUACAACAACCCUGUACAAAUGGCUUUUAA